AUGGAAUCCAUCGCCCCUUCAAAUGAAAUGUCUCAUUCAGGAAUGGCCACUUGCACUCUUUUUAAUUAAUCUGAAGAUUAAGUGAUAUCAGGCAGUCAGGAUAAUUCUAUAAUCAUUUGGAGAAUUAAUGGUACUUUUAUUGAAUUUUAUUCGUAGUUAAUUAAGCAUAAAAAUACUAUUGUUAAUAUAUCUAUGAAUUAAUAAGAAACUGAAUUUGCUUCAAUGAGCAAAGAUUAAUAAAUAAUCAUAUGGGGAAAUAUAUCAAAUAAAUGGAAAUUGAAAUAAAUUAUUUUGUAACCUGGUAUUAAUUUUGGAGAUAGAGUUACUUUUAUAUCUGAUAAUGUGCUAGUAUUUUAUUAAAUUUUUGAAAGAAUAACCUAUGCUCGCUCUGAUAUUGAAUUUACUAAAUACCACAAUAAAGUCUUGAUUUAAUUGAUAUUGUGA